GUGUCGGGAGAAGUUUACACAAAGGAGUAAUGAGUGUUACAGGAAGCGCGUUUAAUUGUGAAGGCACGGACCGGAUGAGCGCAUACGGCGGCUCGCUUGGCCCAAUCCGUGCCACUCCGCCGCUCCUGCUGACGAUGGGAGACGUUCUCUGUGAAGAGCUCGAGGAUAUAGUUCACUUCUCGGUGCACGACCUACCGACACGAGGUUAUGUCGUCAUGGAGGAGAUCCGACGUCAGGGUAAACUCUGUGACGUCACGCUCAAGGUCGGAGGUCAUAAAUUCAGCGCUCACCGGAUUGUGCUGGCAGCCUCCAUCCCGUACUUCCACGCCAUGUUCACCAUGGACAUGGUGGAGUGUAAACAAGACGAGAUCCUGAUGCAGGGCAUGGACCCCAGUGCCCUGGAGGCUCUGAUCAACUUUGCCUACAGCGGCCAUGUUGCCAUCGACCAGCAGAACGUCCAGUCCCUGCUGAUGGGCUCCAGCUUCCUGCAGCUGCAGAGCGUUAAAGACGCCUGCUGCUCCUUCCUGCAGGAGAGAUUACACCCUAAGAACUGUCUGGGGGUGAGACAGUUUGCAGAGACCAUGAUGUGCACCACUCUCUAUGACUCGGCCAACAGUUUCCUCCAUCAGCGCUUUGUGGAGGUGUCUGUGUCCGACGAGUUUCUGGGUCUGAGGACUGAGGAGCUGCUGGAGCUAGUUGGCUGUGAUGAACUCAACAUCAAAGCAGAGGAGCAGGUGUUUGAGGCAGUGCUGGCCUGGGUACAUCAGGACAAGGAUCUGAGGGAAGCGGUGCUGCCGGAGCUUUUGUCAAAGAUCAGACUUCCUCUGUGUCGACCUCAGUUCCUGACGGACCGAGUGCAGCAGGAGGAGUUAGUGCGCUGCUGCCAUAAAUGCAGAGAUCUGGUGGAUGAAGCAAAAGAUUUCCACCUGAUGCCAGAACGUCGUCCUCACCUGGCCGUCUUCAAGACCAGACCGAGAUGCUGCACGUCCAUCACGGGACUCAUCUACGCUGUGGGAGGACUCAACAGCUCAGGUGACUCGUUAAACGUGGUUGAAAUGUUUGAUCCUGUCGGGAACUUCUGGGAGCGCUGUCAGCCAAUGAGAACAGCUCGCAGCAGAGUGGGCGUGGCUGUCGUUAACGGGCUACUGUACGCUAUUGGUGGAUACGACGGCCAAUCACGUCUAAGCACGGUGGAGGUUUACAACCCGGAGACGGACAGUUGGACACGUGUUUCAAGCAUGAACAGCCAGCGCAGCGCCAUGGGAACGGCUGUGAUUGACGGUAAUAUCUACGUGUGCGGUGGCUACGACGGAACGUCAUCUCUGAAUUCUGUGGAGUGUUACUCUCCAGAGAGCGACAGCACGUGGACUGUGGUGACAGAAAUGAGUGCGAGUCGGAGUGCUGCCGGUGUGACGAUGUUUGACGGACGCAUCUUUGUCUCCGGCGGCCAUGACGGUUUGCAGAUCUUCAACACGGUGGAGUACUACAACCACCACACCAACCAUUGGCACCCGGCAGCGGCCAUGAUGAACAAACGCUGCCGUCACGGGGCUGCAGCUCUGGGCAGUCACAUGUACGUGGCGGGGGGGUACGACGGCUCGGGCUUCCUGAGCGGCGCAGAGGUGUUCAGCUCGGCAGGUGGGCAGUGGAGCCUUCUUGUGGCCAUGAACACGCGGCGCAGCAGAGUGUCGCUGGUGCCGACCUCGGGGCGCCUGUACGCGGUGGGUGGCUACGACGGGCAGUCCAACCUCAGCUCGGUGGAGAUGUACAACCCCGACUCCAACCGAUGGACCUUCAGGACCCCCAUGGGCUGCCAUGAGGGGGGGGUUGGGGUAGGCUGCAUCCCUUUGCAGCCCACCUAAAACCGGCCAUUCCAAGUGGGAGAUUUAAUCAUUACUGACACUGAGCUUUAUCGGCACGACGGCUCAGACCUGCACACUGACACCGGGCUUUGUGGGAUUGUGGGUAAAGACGGUAGAGCUAGCCCGCAGAGGUUCGCUGCUAGCAUUGCGGUAAUAGACUGAUUAACUGAUCAAUAUUGAUUUUAUACUUGAUUAAAAAGAACCAACUGGAAGUUUCUUUCUCCUCAAAAACAAAGCUGCUGACUUGAACAGGAGGACCGCUCCCGUGAACGGUUUUCAUUGAUUGACUAUAAUCAAAAGCGUUUGAUUGACAGGACACGGAAACAAACGUUUGAAUUAAAAACCUCUAACCGAAUUGUACAUGGGAGUGGAAUGUCCGGCUACUGAGUCUGUUCCUUUCUGUGGUUUGUCUGGCAGAUCCAUAUUCACCAUCUGCUGAUUCCUAGGCUUGGGCGAGAUGGGUACUUGCUAAUUCCACCAUGCUAAGGUCAAUUUGGUACCCAGGAAGGAGCUGGUCAACUGGCCGAUUUAUUUUGGCGUUAAUGUUGGGCUUUUUUAUUUUACAAGGGACACUUGACUUUUACUUGGAGGUACUCAAACGUGUUGCUAACCUGCUAGUCCCCGUUGGUUUACACGUCUCGUCUCCACGGUAACCACCAAGGCAAUUGUAGGUUGACUCAUCUCGCUCAACGUCGACAUCUGAUUCAGAUCAUGAUGUCCUGUCAUGUUACCAUGGUGACGAGGAGUGCUCAUCCUUUCUACACACAGCUUUUGGCUGCAUCGGUAGUGACGUCCCACUUUUGUCACAGAGACAAUUCGGCUAAUGUUACGUUAACUGCUGAAGAAGGCCAUGGCCAUGGAGUAAAAAGCCCAAGAAUGAAUCUAAAAUGUUAACAUUUUUCUGAUUAAAUCAUUUUUCAUUGACUAAAAUUCUUGCUCAAAUUUCCAUGGACUGAGAUGAAACAGUUAUUGAUUCGUCACUAGCCUCCUUGCACCCACAGUGAUGUUUUUGAUGGGUUAGAUGUUUGGAGAUCAAUAAAAAGGCUGCAGUUUCCUGAUUCAACUGUUACACUAAUCAUAUUAUUUUUGUGUGUGAAAAAUGAUUGUUACUGAUCACGGAUCAAUUCUACUUCAUUCAGAGACAAAAUGAAACUCUUGUCAUUAUAAAGCUGAAGAGGAAAAAAACAUCUCAUCUGCCACAUGGGACUACUGGAGGCUCGCCCUAAGACUGGUCCUCAAGCUCCCAUGAACGAUGGAGAAAAGCAGUGAUCUUCUAUGUGGACCUUUCCAUUUUAAAUCUCUUACAGUUUGUAGAACAAAAGUUAUGAAUUAUUUGCAACCACUACUUCCUUGUUGAAUACAAACAUGAGAACAAA